CAGCUUAACACCCAGUUUCAGCCACUGGGAACACUGUACGGUAGUGAAGGAUGGUCUUAAGUGGUCCUGACCUUGAUGUAAAGUAUUGACAUUGACAGGGAGCUCUUACAACCGUAUGUCAAACAUUGUGGACAACAAGUGUCAAGAAAAGUGACCCCAGAGCAUAACGAAGACCAUCCCCCAUGUGAACAACACAGCGGGAACGACAUGACAGACUAGCCCACAAACCACCAGCUCCCAGAGAAUCAUCCAAAAAAGAAGACAGUUGGAAGUCCGUGUGACCUCAGAUCACUCUGGCGCCCUUUUCUCAUCAUCAUGGCUAUCAAGUCCAUUCAGAAGCCGGGGUCCUCUACAGAGCGGAAAUCAGAACGGUGGGGAUAAAAAUGAGCGUCUCCUGCUGUGUGUGAGAGCGGGAGAGCGAUGCAUCUCGAGAUGAAGCGCUGGGGUGCAGCUGUUGUGACUGCCGCCUGUCUUUUGUGCACCUUUUCAGACUUCAACGUGGCCGGUCAGAUUGUGGAUGUGUGUGCCACUUGUCACGCCAACGCUACCUGCGAGGACAAGUCAGAUGGCAGUGGGAAGAUGUGUAAAUGCAUGUAUGGCUUUGUCGGAAACGGCAGAAUUUACUGUCAAGAUAAAGAUGAAUGUCAAACAGGGGCCACAAAGAUAUGUGGAUUGCACACUUCCUGCCACAAUACCUAUGGUAGCUACUACUGUACCUGUCAGGCAGGCUACAGCCCUUCCAACAGCCUGGUCAUCUUCAUCCCCAACGAUGGCACUCACUGCCAGGACAUCGAUGAGUGUAGGAUACCGGGGAUCUGUGGAGAGGGGGGUCAGUGCAGGAACCUGCAGGGGAGGUUUAACUGUCACUGCCAAGUUGGAUACAAGGUUCACGAUGGAACCGAGCCCUUUCACCCACGCCAAGACCAGGCCUUCUGCAAAGUCAUCGACUGUGGGGAUCCGCCAUCUGUGAAUGAUGCAGUCCAGCUGUCUGGCACAGGGACACACUAUGGAAGCGUCGCUAGGUUUGGCUGCGAGGAGGGAUUCCUCUGGAAGAGUGGAGACGGCACCUCUGUUUGUGGGGUGGAUGGCCAAUGGAUUGGUCCAAGUCUGGUCUGCGAAGAGGUGGACUGUGGUGCUCCCCCGGGCCUCCCUCACUCGGUCAUGUUGUGGGAUAACAGCUCCAGCAUGGGCUCUGAGGUGGUGUAUCAGUGUAGCUCUGGGUACCACAAUGUGGGACAGGGAAACGGCUCGGUUUGCACUGCUAGUGGGCAGUGGAACAAAACAGCGUUUUUAUGUCAAGAGGUGUCAUGUGGAGAUCCUGUUAUACUGCCCCACACUGGACAAAGGUGGAAUGGCAAAACCACCCCGGGAAGCAAUGUAUUCUACUACUGUAAGAAAGGAUUUUUUAUUGAAGGUGGAGCGAAUCUGUCCCACUGUACAAAAAGGGGUUCCUGGACAAAGCCAAGCUUAUCAUGCAAAGAAAUAGCAUGUGGGGAUCCCCCUGCACUGCCCCACACCAUGCAGGUGUGGGGGGGGCGCUCUAACCUGGGCAGCAGUUUGUUCUAUUACUGUAAAGAUGGAUUCUAUCGUGAGAAAGGAAACAAUGUGUCCUUUUGUGCAGAAACUGGUUACUGGACUCAUUCAACAUUGUCAUGCAAAGAGGUGGACUGUGGUGCUCCCCCGGGCCUCCCUCACUCGGUCAUGUUGUGGGAUAACAGCUCCAGCAUGGGCUCUGAGGUGGUGUAUCAGUGUAGCUCUGGGUACCACAAUGUGGGACAGGGAAACGGCUCGGUUUGCACUGCUAGUGGGCAGUGGAACAAAACAACGUUUUUAUGUCAAGAGGUUGACUGUGGGGAGCCUCCAUUUAAACCCCAUUCUAAGAUGAUCUGGGACCAUGUAUCAAGGAUAAACAGUGUGGUUUACUACCUAUGUGACGAAGGAUAUUUUCUCUCAAGUGGGAAAGACUAUAUUGUGUGUGAAAAGAGAGGGUUUUGGGAGGAGAAUGACCUACAAUGUGAAGAGAUAAGCUGUGGUCGUCCACAAAUCCUUCCAAAUACUAACAUGCUGUGGGACAAUACAACUGGACUGGGGAGUAUGGUUGAGUAUGUGUGUAUGGAUGGAUUUUACAAAGACACUGGAAACAGUCUCUCAGCUUGUAGAAAAUCAGGAGAGUGGGAGAAGGUGACAUUGAAAUGCAAAGCUAACUGUGGCCCUGCCCCACACCCUGUGAAUUCUGAAGUGAUUUGGCACAACAGGAGUGCUGUCCUCCAUGGCUGCAUGAAGGGACACCACAGCUGGAAGGGCAGCAACAUGUCUGUGUGUGACGACACUGGGAAGUGGCAGGAGGCCACAUUGAGAUGCAGAGAAAUCAAGCCAGCCAUCAGCGAACUGGCAGUUUUUAAUGACAAAUGCUUAAGAUGGAAAGCUGAGAAAUACGAAGAGGACACGGAAAAUUACAGAGUAGUAUUCAGUGGAUUCAGAAGCUAUCAAGGGAACUUUCAUGAUAAGAGGAAGACGUCCCUGGCCUCUGAUGCACACCAACUGGAAGUAUGUCUGGAUCUGCUUCCUGUUACUAACUAUACCAUCACAGUCACUGCGGUGUCUGCCAGGUUCACCUCCACUGUCUCAGCGAACACCAGUUUACAAGGUAGAAACGACCCCAAUACUCACUAUCAUACACAUAUACAAAGCAUUGGGACAUCAAACAUACUGUUUCAAAUGAAUAUUAAAAACGAAUUCUUUGUCAAAUGUAAUAUUGUGAGCAGAAACGUUCAUCCAAAUCAGUGUAGUUCUUUAUAUGCAGUCAAAUGCUUUACCACUGUUCAACACAUACAAUGGGACAUAUUCAAUCUUGUCAUGCUGAUAGUUCCUCAAGCACCAGAGGUCUUCUACAGGGAAUUUGAAACGCCAUUCCCCAGUCUGUGGUUACGCAGAUCGGCCAGCACCCUAGACCCAAUCAGUUAUUACCAGGUGUUUGUCUUGCCUCUGGAGGGAACCCUUGUGUUCGACUGCACCUCUCCCAAGAACCCAGACUUCCUACGCCAGAGGGGCCUCCAUGGACAGUACAUUACAGCACAAGUCCAUCUGAAGAAUGUAGGGAGAGAGAUGAACUUCAGUGUGGGGGACGCACACUACUAUGAAGGGUACUACAAUGCUCCCUUACUGUACAGCACAGAUUACUACAUCAUCUUACGAGCUGUCAGUCAGUGGAGAGAGGCUUUUAAACAUUCUUGUGUUCUUUGGGCAAAAGUGAGAGGAACAUCCUACGUGAUGAUGAUGUCAGCAGUUUUUGUUAGUGCAGCAAUUGGACUUUUGGCCACAGUCGUUAUUGUAGGAUACUUGUACACUACUUUUACAAAGACGCGCUGUUGUUUUAGAUGUGGUCAAUCCAAUUAAAGUUUAAAGUAGGCAUACAGUAUGUACUCACUCAGACUGGUUUGACAUGUUCUGUGUUCCUUUUUACAUUUUAGGAGGAUACUAGUAUGCCUUGUGCGUGACAUUUUGCAACAUCGACCUUGUAAUUUUACCACUUAAGUAGCAUUAACAGUGUAAUGUAUUUGUCAUUAUUUAAAUGUUAUUUCAUGCAAUAAUCAAUAAACACAUUUAACUGG